GACCGCUGGUGGAUAGAUCGAGCCGGAAUACGCCAUGUUGUUACUGCAACCGAUUUAAAYAGCAUGUCGACGAUUCUUUCAUUCCACAAAAAUCAUCGCAAGCUAGUGCUAACAACGGCAGCCAUCGCUGCCAUUUUGACAGCCGGAAUACUGACGACCGAUGGUCGUUCGAACUUGUAUUGYGACGCAUUUUCUACCGAACAAAAGUUCCAGGGAAAGAACGUGGACACUGGAUUGUCUCGAUCUUCGAUCGACAAAGGUAUUGCUUCGAGAAAAUUUGGCGGUGUUUUUUUUCAGAGCGGUUUGCAGCCAAGAAUGAAUGCUAUAACUGCCAAGAUGGCUUCCUCGGACGAGAAUAUGCAAACGGCAACGCCGACAAAAAUGGAGGGCGAACACGACACAACAGCACGAAUCGAGCCGGCAACAACGAUCGAGGAGAACUKGGGCGACGGGACAAAGGAAGAAUCCAGUGAUGAUYUUCCCUUCGACAUGCUUGCCUGGAAGACCUACGAACCGUUAAUGGAGGAUAUCUUGAUGCAGCGACGAGCCAUCAAGAAUGCCGACCCGGAWACGAUUGCAAAGUGCCGGGCGUUUCUGCUGAACAGCAAAYCCUUCUUGGCACCACUUUUGGAUGUUUCGGAUAUUGUCAGGAGCAACCCCGGUCGCAAACGGGAGGCAUUGGAACUGGCUCUCACCGAACAAUCCGAGUUGUUUCGACAGCGCUUCGAUUUCACCGAAGAGGAAUACCAGUUCAUCAACAGGUGCCUUGUUUACAUGGGAGACGCGUGUGCAAAAGAACAGUCAAAACAGAACAGGAUCACAAAUCGCGAUGGCAACGAUGAUAACAUUGAUCCUCGGUUCCCAAUUUAUGUUGUUUGGCGCAAGAUCAAAGAAAUGGGACUGUUGAUACGAGAAAAAUCACUUAGCUCAUACAUGUAUAUCCUCAGUUCUACUGCGAAACAUGCGAUCGGAACCGAUGAAAACGGCCCCGCCAACACAAACGAUGACUUUAUAGAAGAUACCCUCUUGGAAGUAGUUUCGUGGCACGACACAAUCUACGCCCCAAGUGAAAAAACACUGACAAUUCGAUUGAAAGGAUUGGUCGCGAGAGGGAAAAUCGACGAAGCCGAGGAGAUGUUCGCUGCAAGUUUCAAUGGUAGCGAUAACGCCACUUCCGCGACGGAGUCACAAGAAACGACAGAGUCGGACGGCAACGAAAACAUACAAGGGCGGUUGCGAACCUACAUGCCACUCAUGGAGCACUAUUGCAAGGUCGGUGAUUUGAAGUCCACCCUGAGGUUGUACCGACAAAUGCAGAAGUGCGUGGGUGUACACUUCGAUGUGGAAUCCUACACCAUUUUGUUGUCGUCGCUGGCCAGAUUUGGGUAUUUCUUUGAUGSCAAACCGCAACCAGCGAGCCAUGGACAMAAUGCGAGCGACGACGACGACGACGAYGAYCAKGACCGCAACCUCUACGGACCAAAAUUGUUUGAUUCUUUGGUGUCGGACAUGGCAAAUGAUAUUUUGGAGCUMACCGAAGCGACUGCCAACGAACUCGCCGAGGCAUUCCGAACGGGCAUCAAAGAGCACUUGGGAGACACUUUGAUCACCGAAGAGAAGGUCGAAUCAGGACCAUCUGCGAAAUCCGUCAUUCUCGAUCGGGUCGAACUUCCAAAAGGGAAUGGAACCUGUCCCAUCACCGGUGUGAAACUUCGUUUGUUGGCGUUGGACGAGACGCAACGACAGCACGUCCACGAUACGUUGCUAGAAAUGUCAAAAAAGAACACAGAAGAAUUCCUAGCUUCAAACAUUAAGUGGCAGGAGUCGAUCAAAGAAACAAAUCCUGGAAGGCCAGACAAUAUUCAGACGAUGACAUCAAAGAUGGAAGAAUCCUACGGAUACCAAGAGCUACGGAAGUUCUCGGAAUGGCUAGAGUGAGUUACUGUACUUGGCAUUUUGAUAUCGUUCAAGUCAUUCUAUGUUGCCUUUUUGGGAACGUCAACGUUUACGGAAGUUUAUGUUGAUUUUGUCGCUACCSGUACCCCUAACAGCUCUCUUUUUUCCUGAUGUUUUCGUUUACUAAUUCUACCAACGUCAUCGCUUUAUCGUAGCGAUCGAAAGGGUAAUCUAUUUACGACGAUAGUCGGUAAGUUACUGUGACAUACCAAAACUUGAUUGUAUGUCGUUCUCUUCUUUUCUUUUUGAUCUAAUGGCUUGAUUGUCUUUUUGAAUCCAAUACCAAUAAAAGAUGGUGCAAAUGUGGCUUACUACGGACACAGCAAUGUUCAUUACAGUUCUCUGAAAAAAGUUGUUGAAACGCUUGAGAGCAUGGGAGAACGACCUCUUGUAAUAAUGCCCGAAAAGUACACAGCCAAGAAGUUUUAUGUGAGACCAAGAUACUAUCAGAAGUUAUCAGAAAAAGAUCUGCAGGUGAUUGAUUGGUGAGUUUGAAUUCAGAAGUCUUAUGGAGACGCCAGAGCCAUGAAAUGGAUUGUUCUAAUAUUGUUUAUGCAUAUAUAUCAAAUCUAUUUCGUGAAUCCAAGGCUUCGAGAAAAGGAAAUAAUAUACGUCGUACCUCGAUUUGUUUUGGAUGAUUAUUUUUGGAUGCUAGCCAGCGUAUCAAACCAGACCAACGCUGCACAGCACGGAGAUCUAACAAUACCCAUAGGAGACGACCAAGGUAGAUUCCCGGGAAUGCGACCAUUGCUAAUUACAAACGAUCAGAUGAGAGAUCACAAACUCGAUCUCCUGGAACCUCGCGAGUUCAGACGUUGGUGCAGUUGCCAYAUUGUCAACUAUGACAUCGGAGAAUACGAUGAAGACGAGUGGGAGGAUGAUAGAGAAAUCUCUUUGUCUCCUGCUGAUUCCUUCAGUCGAGAGAUGCAACCAAACAUGCAUCCCAAUGGAAAUGGGAAUGUGUGGCAUUUUCCGAUUGGAGAUUCAUCAGAGUGGCUUUGCAUAUCAA